AGCGCGUGGCCUGUCUAUUUUUUUUUACGCAACCCUUUUCUUACGUCAACCAGCAAACAAAAGAAUGACGUAAUCAAUCAGUCGAGGUAGUCACAUCCAGACAGGACAAGAUGGCAGCGUUUUAUCGCUACUCGUGUUUAUGGCACGGUUGCGGCAAACAUUGUGGCUCUUUACUCGAUUUGAUAGACCACAUUGAACUGGUGCACAUCGAGAAAGACCAGAGAAUACUGGAGAAGCAAGAAUCGUCUCCGCCGGCUGCUUUACCACUGUCUUAUAUUAACUGUUUCUUUACCGAAGCAGCUCGCCGGGCCCAACAAAAAGAACAAGAACAACUUAAUGACAUUACUCCGCAAACAACUGAACAUAUCGUUAAAAAGAAAAGACCUACUMCUCCUAAAAUGACUUUUAAUCCUAUUGGGAACACAGAACCGUUUGAUAUUGUGGAUGACGAUGGAAAUAUGAGUGAUAAAAGCGAUGAAUCGUGGAGUUCUGACCAGAGUUUUCCAAGCGAUUUUAAGCUAAUAUUGAACGCCGUUGCCUUGGACGAUGGCGAAGGGAAAAGAUAUGUCUGCCCCGUCGCUGGCUGCGAAAAACGCUACAAAAAUGUUAAUGGCAUAAAAUACCACGCAAAAUACGGACACAAGAAAGAAAAUCGGGUUAAAAAAGCACAUAAAUGUCACUGUGGUAAGAGUUACAAAAGCCCAAGUGGACUGCGGAAUCACAUGCAAGCACAGCACCCUUCGAUUAACUCAUUGCCACACUAAAUAUUUAAAAGUAUUUAUUGAAUUCAUGAAGAUCAGUCAUGGUGGAUGUCUGAUAUAUAUGUUACAUGGAUUUUUACCAGAGAAAUUGAACCUUAUUCGAGACGUAUUAAUUUAACCCUACAGAGCGUUGGUGUUUGUUCCUGUACCCCCYGAUGAGCAGCGAAAGAUGUUAUUACGACUUGGAGAUUUUAUCUCAACUAAAAAAAUCAAACAUCUAGAAUUUACGAGAUUGAAGAUUUACCUAGGAUAUAUGCAACUCCGUUCGUAUUCUGUUUGGAGGGAUAUAUAGUUUGUCUGCGAAGGGUACUUGACAAAUGUACCAUAGAAUUUGUUAAUAAUGAGACGCGUCACGGUGUGAUAUAGCUUGUCAAAUAUCUGUUUGAACCAAAAAUCGAUGAUUUUAAAAUUUGUUUUUAGUGUCAAUUGAAUUCGUAUCUUGAUGUGAAAUCCUGUUGUAUUUUCUUGUUCGUGACGUCRGUAAAAUAAGCAUUUUUUGAUGUACACAAAAAUUACUUGUUUGGUCUCAUGGGAUUGAUCGAUUACUUKGUGAUUGAAAUCCGUCGUCUGUUGUGUUUACUCAAUCGAUCGCUUUAUGCAAAUGCUGAGAGCUGUGUGACAGCUGAACUAAUAAUUUUCUGUUCACAGUCCAUGAACUCUAGAUCUUGAUGAUUAGCUAAAAGCUUUUAUUUUUACAAUUUUUUAACUUAGGUGCUUGAAGAGUGAAAUUUGAAACAUUUCAGAUUUUUGAUCAAUCUGCUAAAACCCAGUACUUAAUUUUAAUUUGCUAUGGCAUGUUCAGGUUUACUGAAAUGGUUGAAUAGUUUGAAAACAGCCUUGACAGUCAGCUGCAAUUUACYGAUCUAGAUAUAAUACUUGAUAUACCCCCUUUAGAAUUUAGCUUAGGUCUGUGACUGUUUUACCUYAAUGCAGUUCGCAUUUACAUGUGACAAAUGCGAGAUCAAUGAUCAGCAAUUUCAUUUUCUUCACUCAUGCUUUUAAGCUCUUGAUUGACAGUUAGCGAGAUAAACACACUUUCUAAUUAGCACCAAAUAUCACUAACUAAUUAAUACAAAUAGAGUGCUCUUUACUAUUGCUGAAAACCUUUGAAUUCACUUGUUUGUAUAGACAAGCUUAUUGGUAAUGAAGCAAAAGUGGUCUAGAUGUUAAUGGAAAGUGACUAAAACCUUUAUUUAUUAUUCAGCUUUUGGCAUAGAUAAAAUUCAUGUAGUACUAGCURAUAUUUACUGCAAUAGUACGAUGCCAUGCUUUAAAUUUUUCACUCAAACUCCAAGCUCUAUGUGUUUGAGCCCAAUGUCCUCCUUGUUGCAUGUGAUUGAGAACUGCAUAAGAUUAAGAAUUGUGUAUUUAAGAAAAUAUUUUUGUUUAUUUCGCUUCAUUCCAUUUUUCUGAUUUCUAACUAGUGCAAUCUUUAAGCCUGAUCAGUUGUUUGUGAAUACCAAAUUGUGCAGUGUAGAAAAGUGAGUUAAUGUAUAUGACAAAAUUCCUACAAGAGUUUUURAUUCUUAGAUUUAAAUUAUAUUGCAAGUUCAUCUAAGUUAUUAUUUAUAUGAGAAAUCAGAUUAUUACCUAGUUAUAGUUAGUAUUUUAACUGUACAGUACAUGAGAUUUAUUAGCUAUUAUGGUCAAGGGACUUGUUGGGUGGAAUGACAUGGAAUGCCACRGCAUAACUGUAAAUAUAUGAAUGAAUAAAUAAUUAGAUAAAAUAAGAA